AUGGAUGAAACUGCAUCCACCAUGGAUGAAACUGCAUCCACCAUGGAUGAAACUGUAUCCACUAUGCAUGAAACUGCAUCCACCAUGGAUGAAACUGUAUCCACCAUGGAUGAAACUGUAUCCAUCAUUAAUGAAACUGUAUCCACCAUGCACGAAACUACAUCCACCAUGCAGGAAACAUCAUCCACCAUACAUGAAACAUCAUCCACCAUGCAUGAAACAUCACCCACCAUGCACGAAAAUGCAUCCACCAUGCACGAAACAUCAUCCACCAUGCACGAAACAUCAUCCACCAUGCAUGAAACAUCAUCCACCAUGCAUGAAACAUCAUCCACCAUGCACGAAACAUCAUUCACCAUGCAGGAAACAUCAUCCACCAUGCAGGAAACAUCACCCACCAUGCAGGAAACAUCAUCCACCAUGCACGAAACAUCACCCACCAUGCAGGAAACAUCAUCCACCAUGCAGGAAACAUCAUCCACCAUGGCCGAAACAUCAUCCAUCAUGCAGGAAACAUCAUCCACCAUGCAGGAAACAUCACCCACCAUGCAGGAAACAUCAUCCACCAUGCACGAAACAUCACCCACCAUGCACGAAACAUCACCCACUAUGCACGAAACAUCAUCCACCAUACAAGAAACAUCACCCACCAUGCACGAAACAUCACCCACCAUGCACGAAACAUCACCCAACAUGCACGAAACAUCACCCACCAAGCAGGAAACAUCAUCCACCAAGCACGAAACAUCAUCCAACAUGCACGAAACAUCAUCCACCAUGCACAAAACAUCAUCCACCAUUCACGAAACAUCAUCCACCAUGCACGAAACAUCACCCAUCAUACACGAAACAUCAUCAACCAUACACGAAACAUCACCCACCAUGCACGAAACAUCAUCCACCAUGCACGAAACAUCACCCAUCAUGCACGAAACAUCACCCACCAUGCACGAAACAUCACCCACCAUGCACGAAACAUCACCCACCAUGCACGAAACAUCACCCACCAUGCAGGAAACAUCACCCACCAUGCACGAAACAUCACCCACCAUGCAGGAAACAUCACCCACCAUGCAGGAAACAUCACCCACCAUGCACGAAACAUCACCCACCAUGCACGAAACAUCAUCCACCAUGCACGAAACAUCAUCCACCAUGCAGGAAACAUCACCCACCAUGCAGGAAACAUCACCCACCAUGCAGGAAACAUCACCCACCAUGCAGGAAACAUCACCCACCAUGCAGGAAACAUCAUCCACCAUGCAGGAAACAUCACCCACCAUGCAGGAAACAUCACCCACCAUGCACGAAACAUCACCCACCAUGCAGGAAACAUCACCCACCAUGCAGGAAACAUCACCCACCUUGCACGAAACAUCACCCACCAUGCAGGAAACAUCACCCACCAUGCACGAAACAUCACCCACCAUGCAGGAAACAUCACCCACCAUGCACGAAACAUCACCCACCAUGCAGGAAACAUCACCCAUCAUGCACGAAACAUCACCCACCAUGCAGGAAACAUCACCCACCAUGCACGAAACAUCACCCACCAUGCACGAAACAUCACCCACCAUGCAGGAAACAUCACCCACCAUGCAGGAAACAUCACCCACCAUGCAGGAAACAUCACCCACCAUGCAGGAAACAUCACCCACCAUGCAGGAAACAUCAUCCACCAUGCAGGAAACAUCACCCACCAUGCAGGAAACAUCACCCACCAUGCACGAAACAUCACCCACCAUGCAGGAAACAUCACCCACCAUGCAGGAAACAUCACCCACCUUGCACGAAACAUCACCCACCAUGCAGGAAACAUCACCCACCAUGCACGAAACAUCACCCACCAUGCAGGAAACAUCACCCACCAUGCACGAAACAUCACCCACCAUGCAGGAAACAUCACCCAUCAUGCACGAAACAUCACCCACCAUGCAGGAAACAUCACCCACCAUGCACGAAACAUCACCCACCAUGCAGGAAACAUCACCCACCAUGCAGGAAACAUCACCCACCAUGCAGGAAAUAUCACCCAUCAUGCACGAAACAUCAUCCAUCAUGCACGAAACAUCACCCAUCAUGCACGAAACAUCACCCACCAUGCACGAAACAUCAUCCACCAUGCACGAAACAUCACCCACCAUGCAGGAAACAUCACCCACCAUGCACGAAACAUCACCCACCAUGCAGGAAACAUCACCCAUCAUGCACGAAACAUCAUCCACCAUGCACGAAACAUCACCCAUCAUGCAGGAAACAUCACCCAUCAUGCACGAAACAUCAUCCACCAUGCACGAAACAUCACCCAUCAUGCAGGAAACAUCACCCAUCAUGCACGAAACAUCAUCCACCAUGCAGGAAACAUCACCCACCAUGCACGAAACAUCACCCACCAUGCAGGAAACAUCAUCCAUCAUGCACGAAACAUCAUCCACCAUGCAGGAAACAUCACCCAUCAUGCAGGAAACAUCACCCAUCAUGCACGAAACAUCAUCCACCAUGCAGGAAACAUCACCCACCAUGCACGAAACAUCACCCACCAUGCAGGAAACAUCACCCAUCAUGCACGAAACAUCACCCACCAUGCAGGAAACAUCACCCACCAUGCACGAAACAUCACCCACCAUGCAGGAAACAUCACCCACCAUGCAGGAAACAUCACCCACCAUGCAGGAAACAUCACCCAUCAUGCACGAAACAUCAUCCACCAUGCACGAAACAUCACCCAUCAUGCAGGAAACAUCACCCACCAUGCACGAAACAUCACCCAUCAUGCACGAAACAUCACCCACCAUGCAGGAAACAUCACCCACCAUGCACGAAACAUCACCCACCAUGCACGAAACAUCACCCAUCAUGCACGAAACAUCAUCCACCAAGCACGAAACAUCAUCCACCAUGCACGAAACUGCAAGUUUACCACAACCAAAUAAUAUGGUUCCAUUAAGAAGUAUAAAAUAA